UAUAUAUAUAUUUCCUAACUGUCAUGUUUUUCCUUUACUUUACAGACUUACUGUGAUGCAACAGAUUCCUGCCAAGGAGUGAAUGAAACGUGUUUUGACUGUUGCCGUCAUGUGAAUAAUCACUGUGAAACUGUUGAACUAUUUGGAAAGAUCUGCGAGCGCUUACCUCGCAUCUGCUCUGAAUUAGGACAUGAAUUGCCAAAACGCAUUGUUAGUAGUGAAGCUCCUAUGUCCAGUCAUCAUGCACAUCCUUCGCUUACUCACUCAAUCACAGUCACUGUGGGACCAAGUGGUGUGAAUAUCUCAUCUGCUCCAGUGCACAUGCAUAAUGCUACUGCUUCUCACUCUGGAAGUAUUCAUGCUUCUAUGGGAGCUUCUAUGAAUGGUUCCAUAGUAGCUGCUAGUAUGAAUGUCUCUGAAGUUGUCUCUGCGAUUUCCUCUCAAAUAGCAAGUCUGAAUGCUUCUCAAGGAGAGAGCCUGAGUGCUUCUCAAGUAGCAACUGUAAUUUCCUCUCUGGUUGCCUCCCAAGCAGCAAGUCUGUCUUCUUCUGAAGCGGCGAGUAUAUUUUCCUCUCAGAUAGCUAGUCUGAGUGCUUCUCAAGUAGCAACUGUAAUUUCCUCUCUGGUUGCCUCCCAAGCAGCAAGUCUGUCUUCCUCUGAAGCAGCGAGUAUAUUUUCCUCUCAGAAUGCUAGUCUGGUUUCUUCUCAAGGAGUGAGUCUGGCUAGCUCUCAAGCAGUGAGUAUAAUUUCCUCUGAAAACGCAGGCGCAAGUCUCAAUGCCUCCCAUGCCACCAUGUCAUGGUCUGCGGUACAGACUUCAGCUUUUGGCACCAUGGUUGCCUCAAUCAAUCCAAGUUCACUCAGCCAUUUUCCCUCAAGCAGUCCUGCAGUAGUUGGUCCACCAUGGUGGUCAAGCUAUAACCUAAGUGAAUCCAUGGAGAGUUGGCUCAGUUUUAUUAAGAACAACAGCAUGUGUGGCCAUGGUAAGAAAUUCUGUGGAUUAAAUCUUCAAUGUAUUCCUGAAGAUCAGCCAUGCACUGUUUAUCUCUCUAAUGAUGCAGUGAAAAACUUGAGUAACACAGCUUGGUGUGUUAAUUGUUCAUCAGAAGAAUAUUUCUGUCCAUUGUUCAUGCAGUGUAUCAAUGUUAAUGAAAGCUGUUCUUACGAGAAUGUGGAUAAAUGGAUCAAUUCUAAUGCCAGUAUGGGGCUAACUGAUUUGGCCUGUGGGGAGAACAAGACAUUCUCUUUCGCAACUAUGGAGUGUAUUCCGGCGAAUUAUCACCAUCAUGGACAUGAAUGUGGACAUGGUGAAGUGUUCUGUCCUUAUAGUGCAUCCUGCAAGAAUAAAACUGACUGUGCUCCUUUCCGAGAACUGAAUUACACUGAAGCUCUCAAGAAUGAUUCUUUUGGCUGGGUUCGAAUGUGCCAAAUCAGAAAUCUGGUUUGUCCAAGGGUUGCUGUUGCUUUGGAGGAUUGUGACCAUGACAAGAAAAAAUGCAAUUCGAGCUGUCCUGAGGGAAAGAAGGUCUGCAAUGAUCACCACUGCAUCCCUGAAGAUCAGAAAUGCUGCCCUGUGGGUGAAAUAUUUUGUAAUCAAAGUGACUCAUGCUUGCCAAAUGGAACUAUGUGUUGUCCAAUAGGCCAACGAUAUUGCCAGUACACUCGGGACUGUGCUGAACCAUCAAAUUGUCUACCUCCAAUUGCCAAUCUUACCUUUCCAACAGUGUGGGAAUAUCUUCAGCUUGGUGCUGAUUUGAGCAAAGGAAUUUUUGAACAAAGUGACAAUGCUGUAGCACUUCGCAGUCUAAAGACACAUGGAGUAAAUGGAUCCUUGGAGUUUUAUAGCAGUAGCCAAUGGACUGCUGUCAGAGCCCUCACCCCAUCUAAUGCUCUGGUGUUGGGUAAAACAAGUUACCUGAGAUUUGUCCCAACAAAAAAAGGAUCUCAUGGAAUCGUGCUGGUCAACUUUACUGCUUACAGCGAUUCUUCCAAAGUUGGUCUAUAUAUGGAUGCAUCAUCUAAGCAAUGGACACAGGGAAAGACUAUUGCCAUUUUUGUAUUACCAUCUGUAGUGCCCCCACAAAUGGUGUAUAAUGGCUCCCAUUAUACUGUAGAUGAGGAUAGCAAGGGUGAAAAGGGUUUUAAUAUAUGGGAUCACCUGUAUGACAGCUCUCCAAAAGGUGAUACUGAAAGUAACAUUCCUGAUGCCUUACUUGGAGAUGUGAACCGCAAAAUGGUUGAGCUUUACAAUGAGUUACUGGAGGAUGUUUCAUCUUUGGAAUUUGGGCUAAAAAUUAAAACCACAUCAGAAAAUAUAAAAUUUAAAGGAGGAGACACCAAAAGCUACCAUUCCAACAUGACUGAGAUCAAAUUUACUCCCAAGAAAGACUUUAAUGGCAAUGUAAAAAUUAGCAUGGAACCCUUUCUGGCCUCUCCAAAGAAGUCCUCUUUGGCUCUUUCUCGCUUUUUCUCCCACAAAGUUACAGAAGCUUUGCAUAUGACAAAUGAUUUGAAGGGAGAUUUACAGGGUUUGGGAAAGAAGGCACUUUUCAAGCUCAUUAAAGACAAUUCAAAGCCAUCUUCUGAAAGCAUCCUCACAGCUAUUAAGAAUUUAAAUGGUAUAACUUUGAAUUCCUCUGCUGAACAAGCCGUUUCUGCUCAUGUCAACCAGAUCAUCAAUUCAGCUAAGGGCCCAGAUGGGGACUCCUUUUCACAUAUUUCAACUGAUAAGAUCAUCGAGGUUGAUCAAAGUGGAGAAGUUCUGUUUUAUGGUAAUUUGACUGUGAUUACCAUAACUGUAACAUCAGUGAAUGACCCACCGGUAUUAAAGAAAACCAGGGGAGAACUGGAGCCGCUUCCGUACGAGCUGUCUGCAGGAUGGAAUGCUGGCACCUUUAUCAAAGAUAUAUUUGACCAGUCCAAAACGGACCCCCUUGCGGAAGACAUUGACAACAGAACAAUGGAGCUUGGAGCUGUCAUUCUGUCUGCAAAAAAUGGCUCUCUUGGACGCUGGCUGUACCAAAUGAAUAGCUCGGUGGCCUUUGAGUACUUUGCAUUUGACAAAGAUGCAGGGGAGGUGUUUCUUCUACCACCAACUGCCAGGAUUAAGAUGGAACUAUACGACAACCAAACCAUUUGGAGCAGUUCAGAAGCGUUGAAAGGAGGAGCAGUGAUACAAGUCAGAGCGUGGGACAUGACCGAUGGAAAUGUACCUGGUCUUUUUAAUACAACAAUUUUAUCGGAGACAUCUGUUAGCAAGAAAUUGGUCAACCUUUUACUUCUACGGCGAGGUUGUGAUAACAAGACAGACUUCGCUGCCAAGAAAGAUCGAUGCGGAGUGUGCAGAGGGGGUGAUGAGUGCGUUGCAUGCGAUGAUGUACCUAAUUCGAAUGCUACAAUAAAUGAAUGCGGAGUAUGUGUUUUAGGCAAUACCAAGAAGGCUGCAAAUUACCUGGUUGACUGUGCAGGGCUGUGCGACUUAAGCAUUCAGAAUAAUGAUACUUGUGGCAAAUGUAUGUCUAAGGAUGACAUCAAAAACCUGAGAGAUUGUACAGGAUCAUGUUUUGGAAAAGCAGACAUCGACGAAUGCGGCAACUGUACUGGGGGGGCUUCAGGCCUGGCAAUCAACUUCCGCCAAGAUUCCUGUAGUGUCUGUGGAGGAGACAACUCGAGCUGUGUUGAUUGUCUCAGUGUACCCAACGGCGAUGCUGAAACCGAUGUAUGUGGAAAUUGCAAGAGUAAGAGUGAUUCUACAUUCAACACUGGCUGCCUAAAGUUUGGUUCCGUGGCUCCGGUUAGCGGACGAGCAGGAUCUCAGGUUCAGAUCACAGUUAAGGGGGCUGGUUUUAAGUCUUUGUCUCUCACCAGCUGUGAAUUCAAUCAUACAACUACGAGUCAAAAGUACGCUGCAUCACGUAGCGACCAUACUUCAAAUAAAAAUACACUGACCGUGACAGCACCGUCGACCUUGCCAACAGGCGUCUACACGGUCCUGUGCAGCUUCAGUGGCAACAUUAAAAUUGAAAGCGAGACCGCUGUGUUUACAGUGUACAACAGUUCAGUGAUUUCUCUGUCAAGUAUCUCCCCAAGCGAGACUGAAAUUAGCGACUCUGGCGCCACGAUUAACAUGACAAUUACUGGGACAAAUUUUGUCGACACUGGCUAUGUGGCUUGCGUUAGAGAGGGAGGUGCAAAGCUUGCGACUGGAGUUUUCGUGAGUUCCACAAAAGUUUAUUGUCCAAUUACCACUUUUAAAAAGUCUGCUCUUUUCAACGUCUCCUUGCAGUUUGGAAAGAAUGACCCAGCAGUUGAUUCCAGUGUCGAGUUUUCAUUUUAUGCCACCCAGCCGAGCGCAGCAUCACUAGCUUUUGAUAGUAAUCCCACCAAACUGUUAUUGUCCUUAGACAAGAAAGCAAAGCUUAAAUCGGACAAUCCUCAAUGUUCUGACUUUUUCGAUCAAGGAACGAUAGCGUUAUUCGCUGGCGACAGUAAGUGUAAAUUGGUGAGACCCAAAACAAUGCUGAUUCUGUUGGUUGGUGGUGGAGCGACGAUAAAACCAGGCGACUCAGUGAACUUUACAAAUGGCAGUCUAGCUGCGCUGGGAGAAGCCAACACUAAGUUUGUCGCAGGUAUAACGGAACUCACCGUUCAAUCACCUCAAAACCCAGUCGUACCAGAAGUCGAAAUUCAAGGGGCAGAAUUUAUCGGACCUUGUGCUAGCCUAGAAAUUGAUACGGAUACAAAGGGCGAUGGCGGCCGACCCAUGACUUAUGAAUGGUAUGUGAAAUCCAAAGUCGGUGCAGAUGCCAAUACAACAUCUGAUAUGACCUCUCUCAAUUCAACUCUCGCCGGCUUAGCAUCCACGACAAGCUUCUUCACCAUUACAAAGGACAACAUUGUCAAGAACGUUGAGUAUGAAAUUGUUUGCAAAGUUACGAACUUCCUUGGAGAGAGUGAUGAAGACACUUUUUCGGUAACCCGCAAGAAUGAAGCCGUCCCAGAGGUCAAGUUGAACUCACUGGGUGAAACAAUGAGUAAAUCGGAAAGACGUUUGAUCCGUGCCUCAGUUAGCUUGCCAGGGUGUAAUGGUUCCGACGCUGGCGGCUUCGCGUACACUUGGGAGUUGAAGGACUCAAGUGAUCAGGCUGCUGAUCUUGGUUCGGAUACAGAUGCCACCAAACCUUAUCUGAAGCUCCUAGGAAGUAACUUAAAAGGUGGCGAGAAUUACACUCUGACAGUAAAUGUAUUCGAUAACGAGAACAUUGAUAUAACCGCUGAAUCGUCUCUCCCCAUUCAAGUGUCGUCGAGUGAAUUGAAGGCGCGAAUUGCUGGUGGUGUGUCUUUCGACGUGGGUUAUGAAGAUUUCUUAGUGCUGGAUGGUAGAAAAUCAGAAGACCCAGAUGGAUCCAGCGAUGAAGCUAGGUAUCAAUGGACAUGUAAAGAUUCUGAAGGCGACUGCUUCUACAACAACGACCGUGUUAUUUUGCCCAAGACUGAUGUUGUUAACAAGAGUGUGUCAUCAUUUCUGCAAUCUGGAAAAACGUAUACUUUUAAGUUGACAUAUCGUAAAGGUGCCCGAAAAGCAGUAGCCGAAGUCUCGGUUCGAGUGAAGCAGUGUUCCCCACCAAAUGUGAUUAUUCGACCUCAGAAGUCAAACAAGUUGAAUGCUGGAAAAAAAAUAGAAGUUCACGGAAAAGUUAAGGCUUUUGGUAACAAAGUUUCGUUGGACUAUUCCUUUGUGCUCGAAGACGGGUAUGGGUAUGAGAGCGACGUCUCAGACCUUGUGUCAGUAACUCCUAAACCAGAACUCAGGAGUGCCAAUACUCGACUGGAACAGGAUAUUGGAGUGUAUUUCAAAAAGAAUGUCUUUGACUCUGGGAAGUACAGGUUCCGAGUGUCGGCCAACACAACUGCUUGCAGUUCGUAUUCAGAAACAGAGUUCACUGUAAAUGGUCCGCCACUAGUAGGUACUUUUGAAGUGACCCCUGCAAGUGGAACAGUCUUGGAUACGGAGUUCACUUUAAGAGCAGAUCAGUUCAGUGACGAUCCAGACGACUAUCCCCUGACCUACCAGUUCGGGUAUUAUGAACUUAUUAACGGGGAGGAAUUUGCUUCCGUCAUAAGUUUACCAAAUCGUCGAAAGAAGAGAAAGGUUACCCUUCCACAAGGCGACGAGAACAACAACAAUACCCUCCGAGUGUUUGUACGGGUUUUUGACAAAUUUGGAGCCAGUGUGAUGACCGAGAAGACUGUUCAGGUUUUGCCUAAAGUGUUUUCACUAAGCGAUCUUCAAGAUUUGCAGAACUCUGCAACGAGUCUAGAGGAAAGCGGAGACUUGGAGAAUCAAUUAGGUACAAUGAAUACCGUACUGUCUGCUGUCUUAAGCACCGGUGCCAAUGCGAGUGAUGAAGUGAAAGAAUCUCUGAACGCGAUUAAACAGCAAUAUACUCAGAUGGCUGUUAAUGCGCUGGAAGCGGUUUCGGGCGACAAAGAUGCAGAGAUGAAUGCCUUGUCUACCAUGGGGAAAACAACGGAAGGAGGUGCCGACGCGUUCGAUGACUCCACCAAGAACAAUUUCUUUUCUUUGUUUAAAAAGUUGCACACGAUUGAUUCGUCGCAAUCUAGAAGGAAACGACGGGCGGUUGAGAAUGAGAUUCUCGAUGUGGAUUCACUGACUGGUGAUGAGGCUGAGACCACUCUUAGACCUCCGUCGAACCUCAUCGCUCCAGAUGUCUUCACGCUGGAAGAAUCAACCCGGAAGAGCGACUUCUUAAAUCUCGUAGACUCAAUCGGACUGAAGGUGUGCGCUGGCCAAGGCACCGGCGCUCCGGCUGCGUUCGCUAGAACAAACAUGGUCACUCUGCGCGCUGAAACAUUGAAUUUCGCCGGUAUAGACGACGUUAGCAUAAACAUGGCGUGUUCAGACUGUCCCACGUACGUGAAGCAAACCGCCAAGAUGACUCUGGGAAAGACUCUGGAAGCGACGUACAAGUCUUGGAGCUGUUCGUCUUCAGAAACGUGCAGUGGAGCUUGUAUUCUCUCCACUCAGUACCCUGAAGAUCUUUUGUACAAUCAAACUGACUCUUCUCGGCUAACUGAUAUCGUCGAUGUGAAGUUGUAUAACCCAACCACAUUUCGAGAGGUUACCGUCGGGUCUUUAGCUGAGCCGGUUACGUUCUUGAUUCCGCUGCAACCAGGAAAAGUGUUUCCAAAUGAAAGCACGAAUUCUGCAGAGUGCAAGUUGUGGAGCUCUGGUGAAUCAAACUGGACUACAACUGGAUGUGUAUCAGGUCGUUCCGCUGUGAUAUCAGGUAAUGUGACUUAUGUUGAGUGCAACUGUACGACAUUGGGAUACCUAAGUGCGUUUGUUGGCCCAAAGAGGGAAGAAGUUACCACUCCCGCCCCAACCACUGCUGCCCCAACUACUGCCGCUUGUGAACUGGAACCAAAGAGCUCAGGUGUCAACGUCAAGUUUGCUUUCAACGUGUCAUAUAGCAGCAUAAUUGGAAACGACAGCCAGAAGGCAGCUGUCGAAGCGAACAUUAUUAAAGCCCUUACUGACUCAUCGAACCUGGAUGAAUGCAGUAUACAGGAUUUCAGCUUGACAGCUGGUAGUAUAGUGGUGGACUUUGUCGCGGUGCCCAAAAAAGGUCAGACCACUGCCAGCAUACUGCAAGAAAUUACCAAGAUCGAAACAAAAGUCAAGGCAGGUACCUUUCAAAUCACACUGCCGAAUGGCCAGGUGAUUUCCGCUGACCAGAGUUCGUUCGAGUCCACCCUAGUAACUCCUGUUACUACAACUGCUGCUGUUCCUCCAACUGAAAGUGAAUCCAAUAAUACGACUGUAAUCAUCGUAGCCUGCGUGUGUGGGGGAGUGGCUUUGAUUGUGAUCAUCGCCAUCACUGUGUACUGCUGUAAGAAGAAACGAGGAGCUGGGAAAAUUUCACCCUCCACCUCACCAGACCCUCAGCGUAACAGUCGCGAGGACGUGGAAAUGAACGAGCGGGGUCAAUUUAUUCGGGACAAAGACCAUCCAGGUGCAAAUAACAACAGAGGAGCCGAUUUCUAGGUCCUUUUUAUACAGUUGAACGAGGUUGGCGGAUACAAGAGCGAUGUCGAUGCAUGAAAUUAAAACUGUUUCUUAUCAAGAAUUCUGGAACCGGCAUGAGGAAGUUCAAAAACAAAACAAACAACUCAGUAUCACUUGUGGUAUACAAACCCAAAUUCUCACCAAGUUUCUAACCAUUUGGCCUGAAAAAAACUCGGAAAAUUUGGGAUUGAUUUCCAAUGCUGAACAAAAAGUUAUCUGUCGUGAAAUGAGUUGGUAAGGAAAACUCGUGAUUAAAUUCACAAGCCACAAAAGGCGAAUGAAACCUCAUAAGUAAUGUAAAAUAGUUCACAAUUUAACCUAUGUUAAAUUAUCGUAAAAACGCGUGUGGAGCACGAUAAGUCUAGGCUCGAUAACAAGCCGAUUUUCGAGAAAAUGAAACGGUCCUCCAUCCC